AGCGGCUGGAAGGUUAGAGAAGUUUCUGGGCUUCAGGCUCUGGCAUUUAUUGCAGCUCUCACCCAGGAGCAGCAGGGAAAGUUGUACAUAAAGUGCUGGAGAGUGAGAACCCUGGGAUCACAGCCAGACAGGAAGCGUUUUCUCGCGGCCAGAGAGCUCCCUCCGUCCUUCCUGCGCUCCUCCAGCUCCCGGUGAUUCAGCCUGAAUUGAUUUUCUCCUCAUCCUUCACCUGGUGCCGGGAAGGAGGGACCAUCCCCGCGCACCCACGUCCCACCCGGGGUGGAUGCGUCUCCUCCGGGACAGGCUCCCGGGGGAAGUUUGCAGCCAGGAGCGGCCGCACAGAGGCUGAGGCUCGGUCGGAGAGCCCCGUCCGAAGGAAGCCAUGGCCGAUAGCCAGAUGCCCUUCUCCUGCCAUUAUCCCGGCAGGCGCAGCCUCCGCGACCCUUUCCGGGAGCCCGGCCUCACCUCGCGCCUGCUGGACGAUGAUUUCGGCUUGUCGCCCUUCCCCGGGGAUCUGACGGCGGACUGGCCCGACUGGGCUCGGCCCCGGCUCACCACCACCUGGCCGGGCCCCCUGCGCGCCGGGCUGGGCCGCACGCCCCCCAUGGCCCCCGCCUACGGCUCCCACUUCGGGGGGUACCCCGAGAGCCGCAGCCCCGCGCCCUUCCCCCGAGAGCCCUGGAAGGUGUGUGUCAACGUGCACAGCUUCAAACCCGAGGAGCUCACCGUCAAAACCAAGGAUGGCUACGUCGAGGUGUCAGGCAAACACGAGGAGCAGCAGGUGGAAGGAGGGAUCGUCUCCAAGAACUUCACCAAGAAAAUCCAGCUGCCCUACGAGGUGGAUCCCAUCACGGUGUUCGCCUCCUUGUCCCCGGAGGGGCUGCUGAUCAUCGAGGCGCCGCAGAUCCCCCCCUACCAGCAGUACGGCGAGGGCAGCAGCGGCAGCGAGAUCCCCGUCGAGAGCCAGGAGGCCACCUGCACCUGAGCAGCCACCGAGCCCCGGCCCCUGUCCCCUGUCCCUUGUCCCCUCCCCGGUCCUGCCAGCCUCGCAGGGAUGGCAGCACCCGCCCCUCGAGCUGGGCCAGGCCACCCCUGCCGGUAGAGAUCUGUGCCCACGGGGCCAAGCAGAAAGGAUGCUCCUCCUCCUUAUGGUUAUUGUUUGUUCCGAGUCGCUCGGAUGGGAUAUUUAUAACAGUAGCAAAAAAAAGGGCCUGGUUUUUUUUUUCUUUAAAAUUGACAUGGAAACCCGCAGCUCUUUGUCUUUUCCUCCUCCGUGAGUUGUUUUAUUUUUUUUUUAACUACAUCUCUGCGAAGGACACGCGUCCAGCGGCGGAGCUUGGCGGCGUGGCCUGCAU